ACCCAAGGCUAUAGCCCUGGUAUGGGCUCUCUGCGUGGUUUGAGACAGUGGUGGGGCAGGAUUAAGGAGCUAGGAGUCUAUUAUGGUUAUUGGCCAAAUGCCAUCAAGUCCACUCUUCUAGUAAAGAAAGAUCACUUGGAGGAGGCCCGUGAGCUAUUUCGCGGUACUGAUGUGAUGAUUACGUGUGAAGGUGUUAAGGUACUGGGAUGUCCUGUUGGUACCCAGGAGUAUGUGAACAAGGAGUUGACUAAUAAGGUUAAGCCCCAGUCUGCCUAUAGUGCCUUCACUCAUGGUUUGUUUAGUGAAUGGACUUAUCUGUUUCGUACUUGUCAAUUUGAGGAGUGUCAGGUCCAACCCCUUAAUGACUGUUUGUUUAAUGUUUUUAUUCCUUCUCUUUUGGGAAGGGAUGCUGUGAGUGAGUUGGAGAGGGACUGGCUCUCUCUUCCUACUCGAUAUGGUGGUUUGGGGCUGGUCAAUCCAUGUUGGUUUGCUAGGUGUCAAAGAUCAAGUUCUGUUGCUAUCACUCAGCCUCUUGUUGAUAUGUUGUUGGGGAAUGAUAAUGGUUCUGUGACUGAUGUUGAGGUGGAGAUGGAUAAAGCAAAGAAGAAGUGUAAGUUGGAAAAGGAGGAAGUAUACCGAUCAACAAUGUCUACACUAAGGUCUGAGCUACCGGCUGACCGUCUCCGCCUACUUGAUGUCUCGUCUGAGCAGGGUGCGUCCUCAUGGUUGACUGCACUCCCCCUUAAGGAGUAUGGAUUUGAUAUGAGUAAGCUGGAGUUCAGGGAUGCUUUGUGUCUCAGAUAUGGAUGGACCAAUCCAUUGUCCACCAUUCAAAGUAGCACCAGGUAA